AUGUCCAGGUCAAGCUCGACGCCUCUGCUGCUCCUGUGCCUGGCUGGGCUUCAGUUCGCCCUCGCCUACGAUGUCUUCGACGGCUACUACCCUGCCCUCUACAAGGUCGACUUCAUCGGGAACGACAUCCCCGUCAACGGCACCAUCGGGAAGUUGUCGAUCUCCAUGUCUGACUGCGCGACCUUAUGUAACGCCACCUCGGAGUGUCGGGGCUUCACCUACCAGAAGAGAGCGAGCACCGAGCUGAGCACCUGCUUCGUCAAGUCGAUGAUGGUGGGUGUUGGUACCGACACCAGCGCCUUCGUCAACGCCGACCCCUACUCGUACAUCAGGAGGUCCGUUGCCGCCGACGUGUCCGGCUACCCGAAGCACGAAGUAGGAUACGAUUAUCCCGGGAAUGACAUUCAGUCAUCCAUCGCAGUCAAGGAUGCAGCCGCUUGUGGACAGGAAUGCAACAAAGCCACAAACUGUGCGGGGUUCGUCUACUACCCCAUCCCCUUCUCGGGGCAGAUCUACAAUCAGCAAGCAACGGUGGGGGCAGGUACAUGCGCGAUCAAGACGGCGAUGAAGGGGGAAGUACCAGUUUCCAGCAGAUCAGAGAUCCAAGCCUAUCACAAGUACAUGCGCGAUCAAGACGGCGAUGAAGGGGAAGUACCAGUUUCCAGCAGGAUCAGAGAUCCAAGCCUAUCACAAGUCAGCGGCUCCCUCCACUCAGUCUCUCUCUCUCGCCCUCAGCUUCUUGACUAUCUUGUUCCACCUGUCGCUCAGGUCCAGCCCGUGAUGCGAACAGAAUGGCGGGUCAAGAAUGAGCACGUCCUAGUAAGAUGGAUCAUAUCCUAA